UAAGUGAAAGCCUCGUUUUGCGGAUAAGAUCUCGCCGUCGUAAUACAGCCAACUGCAACAGCAGGGGAAACUGACGCAAACCAAGUUAACAGUCACAUCUUAUCUGGAUAAGUGCUGCAAAGUUAUAAGGGAUAAAUGUGUGUGUAGUCUUUAAUAUUAAAAAUGAUCGCUGGUAGAUAGCCACAGAAGUCGGAUCACAGUUUACCUGAGAGGAUCAGCUCCACAGCUGAAGACUUCUCCACGCUGCUGUCAAACUCAGGUGGUUGUGUGUGUGAAGGUGUGAGCUCUGCUAUGAAUCCCUGUGAGGACACUGAACCCGCUCUGAGUGGGGACCCUGAACGCCUCACCAAAGCUCAGAGCCCAGAGCAGCAGCAUGGACCUGGACCUGGACCCAGCUGUGUUUCCAUGAAGAGUAACCGGUCUAUAGCUGACCCAAUAUGUUUUAAAGGCCGACCUUCAGAGACAGACUCCAAGCAGCAGAGAGAAGAGUCUCCUGAACCCAGCUGUGUGUCCCUGAAGAGUGAUCGGUCCAUAGGUCACCUGAUUAACUUCAAAGAUGGACGUCCUUCCAAUCACCCAGUUUCCAAGCAGCAGAGAGAAAAGUCUCCUGGACCCAGCUGUGUGUCCCUGAAGAGUGAUCGGUCUAAGGGUCAUCUGAUUGACUUCAAAGAUGGAAGCCGUUCUUAUGACCUGUUAGAGGACCAGCAGAGCUCAGAGGUUCCCAGAGGUCAGUCUGCCCAGCAGCAGCAGACUCAGCUGGACUCCACAUUUAUGCUGCUGGAGGACAACAUCAUCACUUUUGUGAAGAACGAGCUGAAGAAGAUCCAGAAGGCUCUGAGUUCAGAUUACCCAGAAUGCUUAGAGAGUCAGAGGGAGGAUGAGGAGGUGUUGGACGGUGAGGAUGAAGAGCAGAGGAGCAGCAGAGAGGCAUUUCUGAACAUCUCUCUGCACUUCCUAAGGAGCAUGAAGCAGGAGGAGCUGGCUGACCGUCUGCAGAGCAGAAGUCGUUCUGGAGUGUGUCAGCGUAAACUUAAGUCUAACCUGAAGGAGAGGUUCCAGUGUGUGUUUGAGGGCAUUGCUAAAGCAGGAAACCCAACCCUUCUGAACCAGAUCUACACAGAGCUCUACAUCACAGAGGGGGGGUCUGCAGAGGUCAAUGAUGAACAUGAGGUCAGACAGAUUGAAACAGCAUCCAGGAAACCAGACAGACCAGAAACACCCAUCAGACAAGAAGACCUCUUUAAAGCCUCACCUGGAAGAGAUGCACCAAUCAGAGCAGUGCUGACAAAGGGAGUGGCUGGCAUUGGGAAAACAGUCUUAACACAGAAGUUCACUCUGGACUGGGCUGAAGGCAAAGCCAACCAGGACAUCCAGUUCAUAUUUCCAUUCACCUUCAGAGAGCUGAAUGUGGUGAGAGAGAACAAGUACAGCUUGGUGGAACUUGUUCAUCACUUCUUCCCUGAAACCAGAGACGCAGGAAUCUGCAGGUUCGAUCAGUUCUCGGUCGUGUUCAUCUUUGACGGUCUGGAUGAGUGUCGACUUCCUCUGGACUUCCUCAACACUGAGAUCCUGACUGAUGUCACAGAGUCCACCUCAGUGAAUGUGCUGCUGACAAACCUCAUCAGGGGGAAGCUGCUUCCCUCUGCUCGCCUCUGGAUAACCACACGACCUGCAGCAGCCAAUCAGAUCCCUCCUGAGUGUGUGGACAUGGUGACAGAGGUCCGAGGGUUCACUGACCCACAGAAGGAGGAGUACUUCAGGAAGAGAUUCAGAGAUCAGGAGCAGGCCGGCACCAUCAUCUCCCACAUCAAGACCUCACGAAGCCUCCACAUCAUGUGCCACAUCCCAGUCUUCUGCUGGAUCUCUGCUACAGUUCUGGAGGAGGUGUUGAAAACCAGAAAGGGAGGAGAGCUGCCCAAGACCCUGACUGAGAUGUACAUCCACUUCCUGGUGGUUCAGUCCAAAGUGAAGAACAUCAAGUAUGAUGGAGGAGCUGAGACAGAUCCACACAGGAGUCCAGAGAGCAGGAAGAUGAUGGAGGCUCUGGGGAAACUGGCUUUUGAGCAGCUGCUGAAAGGCAACCUGAUCUUCUAUGAGUCCGACCUGACAGACUGUGGCAUCGAUAUCAGAGCAGCCUCAGUGUACUCAGGAGUGUUCACACAGGUCUUUAGAGAGGAGAGAGGACUGUACCAGGACAAGGUGUUCUGCUUUGUCCAUCUGAGCGUUCAGGAGUUUCUGGCUGCUCUUCAUGUCCAUCUGACCUUCAUCACCUCUGGAGUCAACCUGCUGGCAGAAGAACCAACAACAUCCCAGCAGUCUAAAGCCUUCAGACCCAAACCUGAACUCACACAUCUCUACCAGAGUGCUGUGGACCAGGCCUUACAGAGUCCAAACGGACAGCUGGACUUGUUCCUCCGGUUCCUCCUGGGUCUUUCACUGGAGACCAAUCAGAAACUCCUACGAGGUCUGCUGACAGAAACAGGAAGUAGCUCAAAGACCAACAAGAAAACAGUCCAGUACAUGAAGAAGAAGAUGGAUGAGGAUCUGUCUCCAGAGAGAAGCAUCAACCUGUUCCACUGUCUGAAUGAACUGAAUGAUCGUUCUCUAGUGGAGCAGAUCCAACAGUCCCUGAGUUCAGGAAGUCUCUCCACAGAUAAUCUGUCUCCUGCUCAGUGGUCAGCUCUGGUCUUCAUCUUACUGUCAUCAGAAGAAGAUCUGGACGUGUUUGACCUGAAGAAAUACUCUACUUCAGAGGAGGCUCUUCUGAGGCUGCUGCCAGUGGUCAAAGCCUCCAGGAAGGCUCUACUGAGUGACUGUAAGCUGUCAGAGAGAAGCUGUGAAGCUCUGUCCUCAGUCCUCAGCUCCCAGUCCUCUAGUCUGAGAGAGCUGGACCUGAGUAACAACGACCUGCAGGAUUCAGGAGUGAAGCUGCUGUCUGCUGGACUGGAGAGUCCACACUGUACUCUGGAGACUCUCAGGCUGUCAGGCUGUCUGGUCUCAGAGGAAGGCUGUGUUUCUCUGGCUUCAGCUCUGAGAUCCAACCCCUCCCAUCUGAGAGAGCUGGACCUGAGCUACAAUCAUCCAGGAGACUCAGGAGAGAAGCUGCUGUCUGCUGGACUGGAGGAUCCUCUCUGGAGACUGGACACGCUCAGGAUGGAGCCUGCUGGAGUCCGAUGGCUGAGACCCGGUCUGAGGAAGUAUUCCUGUGAACUCUCACUCGACUCAAACACAGCUCACAGGAACCUCAAACUGUCUGAGGACAACAGGAAGGUGACAUGUGUGGAGGAGAAGCAGCCAUAUCCUGAUCAUCCAGAGAGGUUUGACUCCUGGGAUCAGCUGAUGUGUAGAGAAGCUCUGACUGGUCGCUGUUACUGGGAGGUCGAGAGGAGAGGAGGGGUUUCUAUAUCAGUGACUUACAGAGGAAUCAGCAGGAGAGGAAAGAAUGAAGACUGUUUGUUUGGAGGGAAUGAUCAGUCCUGGAGUCUGUACAGCUCUGGUGGUGGUUACUAUGUCAGGCACAAUAACACAGUAACACACACCUCCUCCUCCUCCUCCUCCUCUGGUAGAGUAGCAGUGUAUCUGGAUCAUCCUGCUGGCUCUCUCUCCUUCUACAGCGUCUCCUCUGACACACUGACCCACCUCCACACCUUCAGAACCACAUCCACUGAACCUCUCUAUGCUGGCUUUGGGUUCUGGUUCAGGUCUGGUUCCUCAGCGUCUCUGGUUCCUCUGUAGGAGGAAGAGUCUCCUCCUGUUCCAGAAACUUCCUCCCUGCUGCCCAGAGAGUUCAGUCUGUUCAGGAUCACAGCUGAUAAAUAAUUGUAACCGUGGUGUACUUAUAUACGUAUUUGAAUAUACAGUCUACUCUUUUCACUGUAUCUGCACUUUACUUCUUUUGAUGUAAUAAUGUAGAUUUCCACUUUUUGGGACGAAUAAAGGAAUUCUGAUUCUGAAAAUAU